CUUAUAAAGGUAGUAGCUCCAGGUACAUUACACAGAGGGCCCUGGUACCACUAAACUGCCACCUACUUGCAGGCCACCCUUUCAGCCAUGAAGUCUCUGCUCCUGGUCUUUGCAGUCCUCGGAUUCCUGGCCCAGGUGGCCCCAGCCAGUGGGAGUAGGACAAGAUGUGCUCAGAACUACCUGGGACAGUCCAGACUGAUUUACAGCUGGAAUGAGUGGCCGAUGCUCCUGUGUGACAGGGACAAACAGUGCUGUGUGGAACAUGACGUCCUGCCAAGGCCUAUCAUGCCACUGCAUUUAGAUGAACCAAAGUCCUCCCACAGAAAAACCACACAGAGCCACAGCAAGAGCCCACCCUAGGCACAGCCACUGUCCACAGUGACCAAAAGAAAUAGCUUGAGAAGCAGCCAUGGCUUUGACUUUUAACCUGCUCCCAACCACCUGUCUUCAGCAUCAGUCACGCAUCUCACGGCACGUUUGGAGUCUGAGUCCCCCCACAGGAGCCCUCCCAGCCUCACAGCAGGGCACCUGCCGAUGUGAUCUCCGAGAGCAGACACCAGAGCAGACUUGGACUGCACAAAGGCCCAGAGGGGACAGCACCCGCCUGUGAGACAGGCUUUGCUGAAUCCACCACAGGAAGGCUCAGAAGAUCUGCACUGCUGUCCAGCAGCAAACCUCCGCGAUAUCUCCCUCUGACAGCCCGGCUUGUGCUUGAGUCACUUUCCAGCAGUCCUGGCUGUCAAGCUGGGCCUCCGGUCACUCUGCCUCACUCCCAUCCAUCCACCACCAGCUUUCUCCUGUCUACGAAGCCAUCGUGCCCUCUGGCCCACCACAUCUGGGCACAGCCUGGCACUCACAGCCAGGGCAUCAGCACUGCAUCGUCAAUCCUUUUUAUUUUGAGACUAAGUUGUCCAGGUGGGACUCAAACUUGUGAUUUUCCUGCUUCAGCCCCGACAUGUGGGGGUUGUAAGUGUGCACCACUGUGCCUGGCUUCCCUAGAUUUCUUUGAUGUCAUAAAAGCAUUUCUGAUGGCAAGAGACCCUACAUGGAUAUACAAAGACAGGGGAUUAUAAAUACUUUUCAUUCUUCUCAUUUUUCUACUUUCUUCUUUGUCUACAGGGAACACACUAUGGAAAGUAAAGUUAUAUUCAAACACAGGCAUACUAAUAAUAAAUUAUAUCACAAUUUAAA